GAGCCAAAUAAUGCGGCGCCCUUUUUCUUUUCGAUCAAUAAAAUACUAAUUGUUCCUCGCAUCGCAAGGAUGAAUGCAUUGAACAAACUCGCGACAUCGGUCUUCUAUUGUUAAAACCCUCUCCCGGUUUUUUUCAUAAACCCUAUGCUGUAUAUAUUGCACCGGGCCACCGAGAUAUGUGCGAGUUGGAAUAAUGUUUUCAGCAUCAACUUCUGAAUUUUUAAACAGUCUGACAGGAUUUCAUAGUUUACUUGUGUGACAGCGGACCCGACAAUAAGUGGUAUUAUUAGGAAGAUUUUUAAGGAUGGUCGAUCUGUUCAUUCAUCAGUAGGAACAUAAGCUGACGAAUUGAGAACCUUAAUUUGUGUGUUUUAGAUAAGCGAAAGUUUUGUGCAAUGGCAACUGCAGAAACGAGUUCCUUUACAGCGUCUGGUCCAAACAACAAUAACGUUGAUGAUAUCACUCAGUUUUCAAUGAAGGAGGUGGCUCUACAUUCAGAUCGUGGUUCGUGUUGGCUUGUCAUUAAAGAUUUUGUCUAUGAUGUGACGUCAUUUAUUUCAGAGCAUCCUGGCGGAUGGGAAAUCAUUAUGGAGAGGGCAGGUACUGACGCAACUUAUGCCUUCGAGGGGAAGGGUCAUUCAGAUGACGCAAAGAAGCUGCUAGCUGGCUUUAUGAUCGGUCAAUUGAAUACGAACGAGCGUCUGGAGAAAGGUUGACGACUUCUAUAUAGUCCUUGCUUUUAUAAUAAGUUAAAUGGUAAAUCUAACAUAAAUAUGCAAUAUCACGGUGUCUUCUUGUCUUAA